CCCUCACGAGUCUAUUUAUAAGAGCCGAGCGGUCCCAAACGCAGCCUCUCAAACAUUCCAUUCAGACAUAAAAAAGCAGUAAAUAAACGCGAGAGGAGGAAUGGAUUCUGCCGAGGCGACCAGACCCAGUUGUGCCAAGCCUGACGCUCGGUUGCUGACCCGCACAAGCCCCGCAGCUGCUUGCUGGAGCGAGUUCGUCACGGGCUAAAAUUCCUGAGGUCUAAAAUGCCUCCAGACAUCACAGCCUGCCAGGUGAUCUCACACACUCUGAACUCAAACAAAUUGUUGGUUUGCUCUGCUCCCUUUGGUCUCAGGAUGGCUAAAAGUCUCCCUCCACAGCCAAACGCUUCCACUUCUGUUGGAAAAAUGAACAUGGGAGCCAUGAUGGUUGCAAUGGACUGGCUGAGGAGGUUUUGGCACCUCUGGCAGAGUUACCCAGCAAACUUGAUGGCAGCUAUAUGGACAGGCAUUGCUCGGUGGGCAAUGCCCAUCUUGGAGAAGACAGUGAAACACUUAGAGGGGAAAGGAUUUGAAAGAGGAGGAAGUCAAUUGGAGACCCAAAACUUGAAACGUGGUCAUCUCGAAUAUCUAAUAAUGAGUAGCCGUGGACGGUCCACAGUAAAGGACACUGAGAGCUUGAUUGAAGAUGGAUACUUUGCAGAAUACAUGUCUGGUUUUGAAUGUGCUGAAAUUGAUAAGAUACACACAGAAGAGGAAGCCUUUUCUGAACUGUGUUUAAUGAGUCCUUCCAUAUUUUUGGACAUUGGAAGUUAUUGGGAAGGUGCUUCAAAGGAAGGCCUAGCCCUGAAGGACAUGGAGAAUUGCAGAGAUUUUUCCAAGGAGUGGCUGGAAGAUUGUUAUCAUCCCCAGAUAGACUCCAGGAUUGCUGGAGUUUUUGGAAAUAACCUGCAAGGUGAUUGCGGCCAAUAUGAAGAGAUAAAUGAUUUUGAAGGGGGUCUUUGGCAGAUCUUGGAAAGUACCUCUGUUUUCCAGAAAGAAAACAUCCAGAUCACAAACGAUGAUUUGUUAAUGCAUGAAGAGCAAAGCUUGGCGACUCCACUUGAUACCCCAAAGGUUGGCGAACAGCUUGAAAUGAAUGUGGAAAAUGAAGAUGAGGGUGCUAACAGCCUGCAGCCCACUUCUGCUCCGCAUGACCAAAAAAGCUCCCUGGUCCUUUCCUUGUUCUACAGUCCAUCAGAAGAAGAGGGGGAUGAAGAAGAUGAUUCAGACUGGUGGAGUGAGGAUGAGGUGGAAGCAAGUACACCUUUAGGAACAGCCUUACAUGACAGCAAUUCAGCAAAUGGGAUGGCUGGUUUUGAAGCAGAAGAUGAACUUCUUGAGAACCUCUGUGGGUCUUUCUCCAUGAACAAUGAUCCUUUCCACCCGCUCUGUUUUACUAAACCCAUUAAGGUUCUCAAGCUUCCCAGCUCUUCUCUACCUGAACCCAAAAACCAUGAAGAAAUCACUAUUUCUUUUUAUCUAAAACAACAAGAUUCUAAGCCUGAGCAAAUGUGUGGCCCUUCAAAACAACCUUGGCCUCGAAAGGAUCCAAGGGCUACCCACAGAAGAUCGAUUCAUAAUUGCUGCCAACCGGACACCAGGAAAAGCGAUGACACUGUCACCUCAUCCACUCAGGAUGGAAGCCAGGUGAUCAAGAAGGUUCGAUUCUCAUCUGUGGUCACCAUCCACCCAUUAAUUGCCUGGGAUUAUGCCUCCCGAACUGCCCGCCAGGGCCCCUGGGAGGAAAUGGCCCGUGAUCGCUGUCGUUUCCACCGGAGGAUUGCUGAGGUGGGGGCCAUCCUUCAGCCUUGCCUAGAGAUGGAACACCGGGACAAAAUGUGGAUGAAACUCCAUGGGGUUCAGGUUCAGGACUCUGCUACAAAAGAAGAUGACACAAAGGCGGAUCUCCUUUCCAGCCCUGCUAAGAUAAAGGAUGUGGGCUUCCAAAGUGUGGAAUGAAAUGGCUCUUCAAGAUGGCAACCAAACAGACAAACAAGGAUUAUAUGAUUCUGCUAACCAAUGUGUACGAUCCACUUGUCUGUAGCUGUGAAAUACCUUUAAAGUACUAUCUUCUUUGACUACAGUAUGGUGACAAAAAUCUGUAAUCUGGAUCCUGAAUAUUUUUAUCGGUGUGGUAGAGUGUUAACUAGAAAUGAAGGAUGUUUUCAGAAUACAUGCACUGAUUUUAAAGUACUACUGCUACUACCUCUGUCAAUUUUAAAGAGCAUAAACCAUGAACUCCUAUGUAAUAAUGCAAAUAUAUUUGUCUGAGAGAGGUUUUUCAAAAAAUAAUCAUGUUUACUGUUAUGUAAAUGUAUUGCACAGGCCUUGCAUAUUGUUGCAAUUGGCCUGUAAUUUGCAUUUGUAUUUAUGGGCCGAGGAAUGGAGAGCAGGGAUCUCAGAAAAACCUGUCUCUAAAAUGCCUCUUUUAAAUUAUCUCCUAGUUCAAUAAUAUUGUAAAAACAUGGGAUCCCACAGUUCCCUCGCAUAUGGGGAUUUGGCAUCCUGUUUCUUUGCAUAUACCAGAUCUCUCAAAGCUAGCCUUUGCUAUCCUAUACAAGAAACAAUUUGUAUUGACUUUUGCAUUUAAAUUUAAAGUGUGUGUUAAAUUAUUUGAGUGAAUUUCCCCCUGGUGGGGAGACUUUGUGGGUUUUUUCUUUAUAUAAAUAAACAUUGAUUUAAUCAUUAAAUUAUUUUUAUUAAAAACUCUUUCCCUUCCUUA